GACAUUGGUCAUUGGUCUGCCAGCUGCCAGUCUGCCUGCAAUCCACAACUGCAAUCUGCAUUGAUAUUGUUUAUUUAUCUAUGUGCAUUUUGUAUUUUGUGCAUAGUGCAUUGGUCAUUAAUUUUAAUUUGUGUACAUUUGUACAUGUUUAUAUAUGUAAAUUGUAUUAACAAUGACUUCGACUCAACCUUCGACUUCACACAGCUACUGCAGUGUUCCUCAAUGCUCAACCUAUUAUAAUUCAAAAAUACCAAUUUCCUUCCAUAGGUUUCCGUUGGACGAGAAUAUGAGAAAAGUUUGGCAAGGUGUUUUGCAAAUUGGCAAACCUAUAUCCAACUACAUGACGGUGUGUAGUUUACAUUUUACUGAAAAGGAUUACUUUCCAAUAACACCUGAAACUAAAUUGAAAAGACUGAAGAAAAAUGCUGUUCCAUCAGCUAAAUUGCCCCAAAGGUCUCAUGAAGUUAUUAGUAGAAAACAUAAGGCUCCAACGGAAAGAAUUGACACGGAAUUGAACAAUCCUCUCAUUGAGACUUCUUGUUCUGUUCCUGGAUGCAACAAUAAAUCGACUGGGAGUGAAUGUACUGAAUUUUUUCCCCUACCGGAAAAUGAAACUACUAGACAAGCAUGGCUUAAAUUGUGUUGGUUAACAGCAGAGAAUUUAGAUCGCUCAAAAGUUGCCAUUUGUUCAAACCACUUUGAUGACAAUGCAUAUUUAACUGAAAUAAAUGACGUAGGAGCUUUAACAUAUAUAGUAAAAAUCCUGGAUCCUGAUGCUUUACCAACACUCAACUUACCUCCAGCUGCUAUCCUCCAGCAGCCUCCAAUUGUAGAAAACAUAUCGAUUAAAUACAAUAAACCACAACUAGAAAAAGAGAAAAACAAAACCAUUAAAAAUUUACAACUUUGGCAAGAAUCUAAUGAUGCUAUACAGAAGAAAAUCGAAUUGGCUGAAGCAGAUAUACGACUAAAAAAGAAAAUUUUGAAUGAACACGAAAAAACUUUAUACGUGUUAAGAGCACAAGAUAGCCAAGUGUUGUCAGACAAAGCACUUUCGAAGGUGUUCUCCGAAAAUCAGCACCGAAAGUUAAUAUCUCUUAAUAGAAGAGCAGUUUGGUCUGAAGAUGAUUUUGCAGUAGGUCAUACUAUAAUGCAUUUGAGUAACGGAAGGUUCUAUAAUUAUUUAACUAAAGUUCUAAAUUAUCCCUUUCCAGCUAGUUCAAGUAUUCGAAGGUUCAUGCAAAAAAAUCGAAUUUCAGUGAGAGAGUUUGCAGUUAAGAAAUAAUUGAUGGAAGUUCAUUUUAUCUAACAAUAAAACACUGAAAACGUUUGUUUUCUAUACUUCCACAAAAUUUAUUACAACUAUGUCACUACAGCUGUUUCGGCAGAGUGCCUUCCUCAAGUGAUUUAGAUUACUAUGGGUUUGCCUUUUUAAAGUCUUUAACUGAAGAGGUUGAGGAGUGGGAGAACUUUAAAAAGGCAAACACAUAGUAAACUAAAUCACUUGAGAAAUAGUCCAGGAACCGUAGCUUUUCACCUCGCAAUUUUUACAGAAUGGAUCGAUUUGCUUGAAAAUUUGAGAAUAGGUAGUGGAUACUCCAAGCAUCAAAAUCUAUGUACUGCCGAAAGGCGCUUUUACCAUGGGGGUGGUUGCCCCCCAUCUCGGGGGUGGAAAUUUUUUAUUAUAUUUUGAACGCAAAAGUUAAUAAAUACGUUUAUUCUAACCAAAAAAUGUUCUAUACAUUUUUUUGAUAAAAUUAAUAGUUUCCGAUUUAUUCGCUAUCGAAAGCGUUAGUUUUAUAUCGAAAAAAUCAAUGUUAUAAUAUAUAGGUACUCAUUUACAAUUCACUCAAUUGUUGCCGUAGAAAAAAAAAAUUUGAAACCAAGUUCUUGGGAAUUAAAUAACCUACAAUUUCACAUUGAAAAAUUUUUUCGUAUCUCUUAUACUUAAUCUUUCUAUUCUUAAGAAAAUGACAUUUUUUUACCACACUACAUAAAUUUGUUAUUCGCUUUUAACUCAAGUUUUUUAAAAACUAAUCAUUUUAAGCCAGCAAAAUUUCUAGAAUCUAUUAAUAUUACAUAAAUAAAGAAGACUGAAUAAGGCCAAUGACUAAAAACACCGCUAACUUACAUUAUUGUGAUUCCAAUUAUUGGAUUUCUCCAUUUUUUUUUCUUUCAAAAAAAUAUAUUGAUUUUUUAAGCGCAAUUUUUUUAUUUUUUAUCUUAGAAAGUUUGGUAAAAAAUAAUUUUGUAGAUUUUUACAAGAUCUAUAAGGUUAUUAAUAUUAAAUCCUUUUAAAAACCUCAGUCGCAAAAGAGGUGACUUUGAAAGGGUUAAUAAAGGUGGUUUAUGCACGUUAUUACAAGUUUUAAUUGUCAAUAGCUCACUCAAUUUUUGCCGCAGAAAAGAUUUUUGCAAACCAAGUUCUUGGGAACUAAAUAAGCUACAAUUUCAUAUUGAAACAUUUUUUUCGUAUCUCUGAUGCUAAUCUUUCUAUUCUGAAGAAAAGGGCAUUUUUUACCAAACUACAAAAAUUCGUUAUUCGCUUUUAACUCCAUUUGUAUAAAAACUAAUCAUUCUAAGCCGGUCAAGCUUCUAGAACCUAUUAAUAAUACACAAAUAAAUAAAUCCAAAUAAGGUCAAUGACUAGUUUUAAUUAGGGUGGUGAUUAGGAGGUUCUUUCCUAUCACUUUUUCGCUGAAAAAAAUAAGGAAUGGCAUUGUUUUCAUUAUAAGUAGUCACUUAAUUUUUGAGCCAGAUACUUUUUUUGUAUUUCUGAAGAUAGAUAUUUUUAAAUAUGUACUUUAAAUUAGAUUCAACAACUUAUCCUCGAAAAAUGCACAAUUUAUCCGUCUUUUGACUUUGAAACUACAAUAUUUAGCAUUUGACGAAGAAUAGCCAGCCUAUAAUAAAGUAUAGCUCGAUCACUAUUGGUCUUAAAGAAAUUAAAAAAAAAACCGUUUUGUUUUUUUUUUCUAAAGGUACCUACAUUUUUGUUAAUUGAAGUCGUUUUGAUAAAACGAAAACUUUUUGAGUUAUUAGCAGAAACCUGAUUAAAAACAUUGAUAUUUUUCGAUAUAAAACUAACACUUUCGAUAGCGAAUAAAUCGAAAACUAUUUAUUUGAUCCAAAAAAUGUAUAGAACGUUUUUUGCUUCGAAUGAAUGAUUUUACCAACUUUUGUGGUCAAAAUAUAAUAAAAAAUUUCCCCCCCCCUAGAUUGUUUGGCAACCACCCCCAUGGUAAAAGCGCCUUUCGGCAUCAUAUAGAUUUUGAUCGUUGGACUAUCGACUACUUAUUCUCAAAUUUUCAAGCAAAUCGAUCCAUUCUGUAAAAAUUGAGAGGUUUUGUCCUAUCUUAAGCUUCAUUACUUGGACUUAAAGGCACUCUGUCGAAACAGCUGUAGUCACAUUUGUAAUAAAUUUUGUGGAAGUAUAGAAAACAAACGUUUUCAGUGUUUUAUUGUUUGUUAAGAAAUAUUUGUAAGGAGUACAAAAAAAUUAUAUCUGUAAUAAAAGUUGGUACUUACAA